AACAACUCACACUCAAAUGCACAGAAUGCACAUAGAUUUUUCAUUGUGGCCUGGGAUUGUGCCUAGUUUUCGUCAGAAAUAUAUGCCUUACGGGAAAUGGAUGCAGAAAAACCAUUUCCUUGCAAAAUAGGAGGAUGCAAAUUCAGUUUCGCUACAGAGGAUCAUUUACUUGUGCACCGGAAAAAACACGACAUGCUGCUGAACCUGGAUAUACCCAACAAAGUGAACAUGUUUGCCGACCAAACACCUACUCCAACCCGUUUGAUUGGAAAGUGUGAAGAAGUUGGUUUGUUUGACGAUCUACAAAACGUGAACCCUUUUGAAGAAACCUUUCGAAGAGCUGUUGAAGAGAAAAGUGCGAAGACGGGCGAUAGUUUUGAGGAAAAACAAUCAUCACCAGUGAAAUCAACAGUUCUUAAAGCGGACGACACACUACAUACUCCCCACAUCUUUCCUCUUUUAGAACGACGUGAAAGUAUAAAACUUUCAAAAUUGAUUAUAUCAAGAAACAACUCACGAAAGGACGAAACGUUAGUAGAUGAUGCACUAAAAGUUCAGGCUCAGGUUCAUGAACAUUUAAUAUCUACUAAAGUGCAAAUGUCUCAAAAUAGCUCUCGUAUAACAAAAGCGAAAUCUUUAAUAAAAAUACUACCCAAAACUACUUAUCUUCCAACAACCGAACAAUCUGUGAUAAUUAUCCCAUGUAACAUGAAAAACGGAGAAAGCUCUUCAACAAGAUCCAACGGUAUAAAUUUAGCAAAGGCCAAAUUGAAGGAGCAUUUAAAAAAGAACAACAGUCCAGCUAAUUGUAAUAAUACUUCGGAAACAAAUGCUUUCAAAGUUAGUUCAGUUGACAAGGAGGCAAACUUUCCUGAACAGAGUUCAAACGUCACGCAAGACAAAACUAAGAAUGUACAAAAACAUGAGCGAUGGAAAGCGGCUGCCAAACGCUAUCGCACGAAAGUCAAACAAAAUCAGAACUCAUUACACCGUAAAAAUAUUGAACUUGCAGAGGAGAACCAUCGACUGAAAACGGAGAUAGCUCGACUUCGAAACUUACUUUCACUGCACAAAGAGUGUUCUGUUACAAAAUCUCUUACGGAUUUUGCAGCGGCUGGACCGUCCACAAUUCCACGAAUUGCACCUGCACCUGCACGUCUACCUUCACAAAGUAUUACUAAUGUGUGUUUAUCUAAGCCUAAUCCCACUACCGCUGAAAAAUCUGUAUUUAUUAUUUUACGCGGAGAUAAUUUGAAAGAAUCAAAAAAUACCGUAGAUACUACGACACAUAAUUGACGGCUGAAUACGGUUUCGAUUUCGAUUAGGAAGUUCAGCGGUUGCAGAAUUGUAAAAUAGUAAGCGAAGAACAUAUUAUUUUAUUCAACACUACCAUAUGGCGUAGUUUUUUACCUCAGAGCCUAGGGUUAUUUGGAGAAUAUUUAAUUUUGUUUAGCGACAGUCGCUUGUAAAAAUGAGAACAGUCAACUUUCU